CUGAAUGUCAGUAGAACGUUCUAGAAUGAACACGGCUUCACUUGUUUACUUUAUAAUUUAAUCCCCCUGCGUGUGAUUAAGGGUGUCUAAAUUAAAUUGUUUAAACGCUUCUUAUCAUGAGUGAAAACGAGGAUCCUUCAGAAGGAGCCGAGAAAUCAGGUGGGAUGGAAGUCAAUGAAAUACUUCUCUCCGUCCGGAUGAACCGCAGAAAAUUUCCCAGCAAGUUGUGGCAUUUGGUGAAUGAUCCCCAGAUUUGCUCAAUCUGCUGGGAUGACAGUGGGGAAGGAAUACUGAUCUGUCAGGAGGCCUUCGAAGCUGAAGUGCUAUCUACCGCCGACAAGCAGAUGAACAAGUAUUUCAAAACGACAGAUUUCCUCAGCUUUGUUCGCCAGCUAAACCUGUACGGAUUCAGAAAAGUGUGCCCAUACUAUGAGAUCUCAAUGAAGCAAGUCAGCACCAUGCAUCACUUUCACAACGCAAACUUCAAAAGAUCUAACCCAGAGCUUCUGGUCAACCUAAAGCGACUCACAUCUUCCACCAAAGCCAAGCUUGCUGCUGGGCUUGAAGAGUCCAACCAGUCAAGACAUUUCCAUUAUCUGAUGCUGAAGUCACCUGAGAACUCUACUGUGGUCGGCACAGAUUUAGUUGAGCAUCAGGGAACUUCUCAUCACCUGUACUCUCAGCAGGUAAAGGGGUCCGUCACAGCACCCCAAACCUCACAGGCACUUGUAACAGGUCAUGAUGAUUCAAACUCUGAGCCCUGUGACGUCCAGAUGGAUUUUCCGUGUGCACCUUCAUCCAGUCCAAUGCAACAGGGCUCACAUUGUGCAAUGCCUGAUGGGAAUUUAGGGUAUCAGUGGUGUAUUCCAGGCUCCUUGGAUUCAAACAUGCCAUGCUCCCAACAGGAAGUUGCCUCCUAUGCUCAUAGUGGCUAUCAUGAUGACUCAUUUAGCCACCUCCUGUACACUGGCCGGGAUCCAAACUGGGAAGCAGGUGUUGCUCCAGAUCCCAGGAAGAGUCACAUGAACCUGGGCACUGUAUUCAACAUGGACGAUGAAGUGCAGGACUCCUCAGUCAGCUAUCUUCAUUUCACCAAUCAGGAUCCAAACUGGCAAGCAGGUGUUGCUUCAGAUCCCAGGAAGAGUCACUCGAACCUGGGCACUGUAAUCAACAUGGAAGAUGAAGUACAGGAAUCCUUCAUCAACUAUCUCCAUUGCACUGAUCAGGACCCAAACUGGCAAUCAGCUGAUGCUUCAGAUUCCAGGAAGAGUCACAUGAACCUGGGCACUGAAAUCAGAAUGGAAAAUGAAAUGCAGGUUGCUGCUUUCAUCACUCUGCCCACCAAUGAGAAGUCACCUGGAGAAGAGUUAACCAGUUAAACAGUUAAUUAUUAAUGCCUCCUUUAGAAUUUCAUGACUAUUUUCUUUAAUUAAAAGAUGACAUGAAUAUACCAGUAGCUCUUCUAAUUUAGAGGCAUUUAUUAUAUUAAAUACAAUGCAAUAUUUUAUGCCGAUGACACUCAGAUCUAUAUACAUUCUAAACCUGA